CCUUGGGAAGAGCUGACUCUAUUUCAGACUCCCUUUGGGGGCUCCAGGCCGCUGCCCACAUCCACUGGUACACCUUAGGUGGGACUGUGUUCCCUGUAGGUGGGAUUGUGUCGCCUCACCGCUGACUUCCUGGGGGUCCCCUGCACUUUCCAGUUUACCUUCCCACCUAGGUUUCUUCCUCGUGCCCAGAGGGUGCAGGAAGAGCUGGGGUUCCUUCUGUUUUGCCCGCGCCCCAUCCAUCUGAACAGAGUCAAGCUGGGCCUCAAGCUGUUCUCAGGAAGUCUAACCUAAAAUUAUUCCCACGCCCACAGAGUUCGCUACAAGCCAGGGGCAAGACCCGCAAAAGUCUCCUUCUCCGCCAAGUUAACACGGUCCUGCAGCCCCAGGCCAAAGAGGGGAGCGACACCCGGCAGAUUCACCCGAGGGCCACAGCGGGGUGCGGAGCAGGACGGCCCGGGAUCCGGGUUUGGGGAGAGGCGGGGGCGGAGCAGGCGCCCUGGAGCAGGGUCUCGGGGGUCCCUGGAGCGGUCACGUGUUGCCGAGGCGCCUCUAAAACCCUGGCGGCUCCAGCCGCUCCUCCCAUCGCCACCGCCAGGUCCCGCUCCUGCCGCAGCUGCCGCCGCCGGGGUGCAGAAGCCACCGCGCUCGGCUGCGUUCCCGGAGCCCCGAGCCCGCAGCGGCCCGCGCGCCGAGUAUCUAUUAUGCAGCUGUGAGAAGAAAUAUUCCUUGGAACAAAGAUUCAGAGUGCUCAUUUUGCACAAAAUGCUAGGAUUUGACCUCACAUACUGGAAAUCAUCUGAAUCUUAGGCUCAACUUCUAUUGCCACAAAUUUUGUUAUUUCUUCCAUCUUCAAAGCAAUGUAGACAGCAAUUUUACUAUAAAUGAGUGUUAUAUUCCAAGAGGGCACAAGGCUAUUAUAGGAGGAGUUGUAUAAUUUCUCUCUUUGCUUUGUAGGAGAAGACAAGCACAUUUUAACACAGGACAAACCUGAUGAUAGACUUCAGUUUUCCCGAAUUCCUCCGCACUGAAUUUGCACUCCACUUGGAAUCAAGUAAAGGCCUCUCUAAACUAGGGAAUUAAUAAGGACUCUAAUAUGGAUUUGGAGCUCAAGGAGUAUUAUAACAAGACACUUGCCACAGAAAAUAAUACUGCUACCACUCGGAAUUCUGAUUUCCCAGUCUGGGAUGACUACAGAAGCAGUGUAGAUGACUUACAGUACUUUCUGAUUGGGCUCUAUACAUUUGUAAGUCUUCUUGGUUUCAUGGGGAAUCUCCUUAUUUUAAUGGCUCUCAUAAAAAAGCGUAAUCAGAAGACUACAGUCAACUUUCUCAUAGGCAAUUUGGCCUUCUCUGAUAUCUUGGUUGUGCUCUUUUGCUCACCGUUCACACUCACCUCUGUGUUGCUGGAUCAGUGGAUGUUUGGCAAGGUUAUGUGCCAUAUCAUGCCUUUCCUUCAGUGUGUGUCUGUUCUGGUUUCAACUUUAAUUUUAAUAUCAAUUGCCAUUGUCAGAUACCAUAUGAUAAAGCAUCCUAUCUCUAACAAUUUAACCGCCAACCAUGGCUAUUUCCUUAUAGCUACCGUCUGGACAUUAGGUUUUGCAAUUUGUUCUCCUCUUCCAGUGUUCCACAGUCUUGUGGAACUUCAGGAAACAUUUGGUUCAGCAUUGCUGAGCAGCAGGUAUUUAUGUGUUGAAUCAUGGCCAUCUGAUUCAUACAGAAUUGCUUUUACUAUUUCUUUAUUGCUAGUUCAGUAUAUUCUGCCCUUAGUUUGUCUAACCGUAAGUCAUACCAGUGUCUGCAGGAGUAUAAGCUGUGGAUUGUCCAAUAAAGAAAACAGACUGGAAGAAAACGAAAUGAUCAACCUAACUCUUCAUCCCUCCAAAAAGAGUGGGAAUCAGGUGAAACUCUCCAACAGCCAUAAGUGGAGUUAUUCUUUCAUCAGAAAACACAGAAGAAGAUACAGCAAGAAGACAGCCUGUGUGUUACCUGCUCCGGCAAGACCUUCCCAGGAGAACCAAUCAAGAACACUUCCUGAAAAUUUUGGCUCUGUGAGAAGUCAGCUGUCUUCUUCUAGUAAGUUCAUACCAGGGAUCCCAACUUGCUUUGAGAUAAAACCUGAGGAAACCUCCGAUGCUCAAGAAAUGAGAGCAAAACGUUCUGUCACAAGAAUACAAAAGAGAUCUCGAAGUGUUUUCUACAGACUGACCAUACUCAUAUUAGUGUUUGCCGUUAGCUGGAUGCCCCUACACCUUUUUCAUGUGGUAACUGAUUUCAAUGAUAACCUUAUUUCAAACAGACAUUUCAAGUUGGUAUAUUGCAUUUGUCAUUUGUUAGGUAUGACAUCCUGUUGUCUCAAUCCAAUUCUAUAUGGGUUUCUUAAUAAUGGGAUCAAAGCUGACUUAAUGUCCCUCAUACACUGUCUUCAUUUGUCAUAAUUCUCACUGUCUACCAAAGAAAGAACGAAUGUUGAGAUCAUCUAAAACAUAUUCAUGAUAAUGAUGUGUGUAUAAUAAAUGAAUUUUGUUAACACAUGGAACCUAGUUUAUGUGAUAGAGCUCUGUAUUUGAAUGUCUUUGUAAUAUGUGGAAGACAAUUUUAAUGAGUUAUAACAUGAUUAAUUCAUUUAGUUGUACAGAGUCAGUGUCAAUUCAACUUGUAAUUUCAUUUGAAAAAGUAGUUAUCUUCUGAAUUUCAUGUUAUCUGUAAAUAAAUGAAUGGCACUUUUUGUUUAAAAUAAAAGUUAUAUCUAACCAAUUCAGUAUUUUUGUCUGGAAAAUAUAAGAAGCAAUUUCCUAAAGCAUAUUUAAUUUCAAAUUUGAAGAAUAUCUCUUAUCUGUCUUCAUUUCUGUUCCCCAAGUUAGUUUGUGAAAAUGCAGAAAAUAAUACAUUAAUAAAAUAAUAACUAAUUGAUA